UUUUCCGGUUACUGCGAUCACAUAGAGGUCAGCACAUAUUGAAGAACAGCGUUAGUAUUUUGCGGUUUUGAGGGUGAAACAAAAGAUAUUAAAAUGCUUUUCUAAGGCACUGGUUACUAAUAAUAUUAAAAUGUGGAAAAACUGCAGCAAGCGAAUUUUUAGGACUUCAGCACUUUAUCGGAGUGCGAGAAAGUUUAGUAACCAGGUAGAAAGGCCCUUGGUUAUUGGAUUACGCAGAGAAGGUGGGUCACAAUGGGAAAGAAGAGCACCGAUUGGUCCAUCUCAUGUACAAGAACUUGUAGAGAACCAAGGAAUUAAAGUCUUGGUACAACCAGCAAACAGAAGAGCCUAUACAAUGCAGGACUAUGAAAAUGCAGGAGCUAUUGUGCAAGAAGACCUGUCAGAAGCCUCUCUCAUCAUGGGAGUGAAGCAAGUACCCAUUGAUAAGCUUCUGCCAAAUAAAAACUAUGCUUUCUUUUCGCAUACAAUCAAAGCCCAAAAAGAGAACAUGCCAUUACUGGAUGCAAUGUUGGAAAAGAAUAUUCGUCUAAUAGAUUACGAAAAAAUGGUGGAUAGUAAAGGAAAACGUCUAGUAGCGUUUGGUAAAUUUGCUGGCAUCUGUGGAAUGAUUAACAUACUGCAUGGUAUUGGACUACGACUACUUGGACUUGGACACCAUACUCCAUUUAUGCACAUAGGUUCAGCACACAAUUAUCGUAAUAGUGGCAUGGCUAAACAAGCUGUCAGAGAUGCUGGAUAUGAAAUAGCUUUAGGGUUAAUGCCUCAGUCUAUUGGACCACUGACAUUUGUGUUUACUGGCUCAGGCAAUGUAUCACAGGGGGCACAGGAAGUAUUCAAAGAGCUCCCUCAUAGGUUUGUUAAGCCAGCUGAUUUGGAAUAUGUUGCCAAGUAUGGAGAUCAUAAAACACUUUACGCUACAGUGAUCAACAUGCAGGAUCACUUGUAUAGAAAGACAACGGGUGGAUUCUGUGAAUCAGAGUUUGAAGAACACCCUGAAAUUUAUGCCUCAAACUUUAAUACUAGGUAUGCACCUUGGACAUCUUGUAUAGUUAAUGGAAUAUACUGGGCAUCAAGUCAUCCAAGACUUCUAUCUAACGAAGACACUAAUACUCUAAUGAACCCACAUUCUACCAAGACUGAGACCAGUGAAGGAUGUCCGGCUUUACCGCAUCGUUUACUUGCCAUCUGUGAUAUCUCAGCUGAUCUUGGUGGUUCUGUGGAAUUUAUUGUUGACUCAACAUCUAUAGAGUCACCAUUCUGUUUUUAUGAUACAACUCAUAAACAUGAACAUGUCAAAACAGUCAGUUUUUCAGGUAGUGGAAUUCUGGUUUGUUCCAUUGAUAACAUGCCUGCACAACUACCAAGAGAAGCCACUGAUUUCUUUGGUGGUUUACUUUUACCAUAUAUAGAAGAAAUGGCUAUGAUGGAUGCCAAUGUUCCAACUUCAAAAGAGACAUUUUUAUCACCAGUAGUGAGAGAUGUAAGAUCUGCCAUAAGAUCAGAAGCUGAGCGACUAGCUGACAAAUACCAGAACACAAUAGCACACGAUGUUGACGUCCAGAAACAUACUGGGUUCCUCAGAAGACUUGUCAGAGAAAAUGAUUUAGUUAUCAGCUUGCUGCCUUAUUCACUACAUCCUGUUGUUGCAGAGAUGUGUAUCGAAGAAAAGACUAACAUGGCUACAGCCAGUUAUACAACUCCUGCUUUACGCGCCAUGGAGCAAAGAGCACUAGAUGCUGGUAUCUCAGUUUUAAAUGAAUUAGGUGUUGAUCCUGGUAUUGACCAUAUGCUUGCUAUGAAGUGCUUUCAUGAGGCCGUGGCCAAUGGUGGAAGUAUUACAUCAUUCAUUUCAUAUUGUGGUGGAAUACCGGCACCGGAACACUCUGACAAUCCGCUCAGAUACAAAUUCAGUUGGAGUCCUCGUGGUGUCCUCCUUAACACCUUAAGUGAUGCCAAGUACUUGAUAAAUGGUGAAGAAGUAUACAUACCACGAGGGGGUGCACUCCUAGACAGUGCCAAAGAUAUGGAAUUCUUGCCUGGUUUCAAUUUAGAAGGGUUUCCAAAUAGAGAUUCAACCAUCUAUAAAGAAGCUUAUAAUAUCCCAUCUGCCACUACAAUCCUCAGAGGUACACUCAGGUACAAGGGUUAUACAAGCGUUGCUAAAGGUCUUCUUAUGUUAGGUCUGAUUGAUGUCGAUGAGCAUAGUGCAUUACAACCAUCUGCACCACCAAUUACAUGGGAUAUAGCUAAAGAAGUUGAACACUGUGUUGUGAGUGCAUUUGUAUUCCCACAAUUUAUCACAGAUUUGAGAGCAUUAGCUAAUGUCAUAAAUUUUAUUAUUAUAUCUCGUUCAUAUUUGUAUUUCAUGUUCAUUCACUCAUGGAUUAAACAUGAUUUCUUUUUGAUGAUGGGAUUCUGUGGUGGUAACAAACAAAAGAUUUCAUUCUUCAGUCCAAUUGAUGCAGAGUCACUUCCCAAUGGGCCUACUAUACCAAAAGGAAUAACACUGAAAUACAAAGACCAGUCUUUAAUAAGACAGAUUAAAUUUGAAGUGUCCGAAAGCUCUAAUAAGAAACAGAGUGUUGCUUGGAUUGUUGCAAUGCAAAAGGCUAUUAAGAUGAUGUAUGAAGCCAGAGGAGAAAGUGGCAAAUAG